UUUUAUUUUCAUUAGUAAAAUAAUGGACAAAAAUGAAGAAAGGUUUUCAAAAAGAGCUAGAAUGAAUGAAGCAGAUGAUGAUAGUUUUACUGAACACAAUGGCAGUGUAAAUCUUCUUAUAAGAGAAGAGUCUGCAGUUAAAGAUGAGGAUCAACAUACGAACAGCAGUAACGAUAAUGGUGGAGAGUUGUAUGAGCAAGAUGUCAUUCAACUAGUGAAACAUUUGCAUCAAACAGUAAAAGAGUUGUCAAAUGAAAAUGCCCAACUUAAAAAAAGAAUUGCCACAAUGGAGGUUGAAAAAGAACAUAAAAUGCGUUUAAAUAAUCUCAACAACCAUGUUAAAAGAUUUAUUGAUGUAUCUACAGCUGACCAGAGUUUUUGUUCCCAUACUGAUUGUGCUGAAAUUAGCAGUGAAGAUGAUUCAAAACCUAGUAUGAGUAUGUUGAUUAGGCAAAAGAAGUUGCCUUUGUGUAAAUAUGAUUAUUCUCAUGAGGUCCAGGUAAGUGAUGAAUAUAUAGAACUUGCUGAAACAGUUCGUAGUCGCAGUGUUUCUCACAAAAAUUUUGCAAAAAACUUACUUCAAGAAAUUUAUAAAGAUCGUAAACAAGAAUUAGUAGGUAAAAAUACCCGUGGUAAACGAGGCAAAGCUCCUUUGCCCAAAGACAUUGUUGAAAUUAUUAAAUCUUUAGUAUGGCGAUUUUAUCCUAAUAUUAUGGAUUCACCAAUCGGAGAAACUGAAUGGGAAUUAUGUAUAGCAGCAAUCGAUGAAUUUUUACGCAGAAAAAAAAGUCUUUACGGUGUUAAAGAAACUUUAUAAAAAUGUGUUGAAAUUUAAAAUUUCAAGAAAGUUAUGUAACUGUAAAGUUGUAAGUAGAGUUGGGGAAAAUGUGAAAUGAACUAUUGUUGUUAUUUCAGUGCAAUAAAUUUAAAAAUUUGUGCUAGA